UUUGGCACUUCCUUUUUCUUUUCGGCCAUUUUCCUCCCCGGACGGGAAGUAAGCAACCAUGGCCCCAAGUAGGAAUGGCAUGAUUUUGAACCCUCACUUCCACAAAGACUGGCAAAGGAGAGUGCGCACCUGGUUCAACCAGCCUGCAAGGAAAAUCCGCAGACGUAAGGCACGACAGGCUAAGGCCCGUCGCAUUGCACCUCGUCCAGUUGCUGGACCACUUAGACCUGCAGUCAGGUGUCCAACCAUCAGAUAUCACAACAAAGUUCGUGCCGGCCGUGGCUUCACCCUCGAGGAGCUGAAGGCUGCUGGUAUCCACAAGAAAGCCGCCCGCACCAUUGGCAUCGCAGUGGACCCCCGCCGUCGCAACAGAUCCACAGAGUCUCUACAGGCCAACGUGCAGCGGCUGAAGGAGUACCGCUCCAAGCUCAUCCUCUUCCCCAGGAAGGCUUCUGCUCCUAGGAAGGGAGACAGCACUGAGGAAGAGCUCAAGAUGGCUACGCAGCUCACUGGACCAGUCAUGCCCAUCAAAUAUGGGUAUAAGAAGGAGAAGGCCCGGGUAAUUUCUGAAGAUGAAAAGAACUUCAAGGCUUUUGCCAGUCUGCGCAUGGCCCGUGCCAAUGCCCGCCUGUUUGGCAUCCGUGCCAAGAGGGCAAAGGAGGCUGCAGAGCAGGAUGUAGAGAAGAAGAAAUAAAUGUCAAUUUGUAUGGAACUUUCAAAAAAAUAAAACAUGAGAUAUGUGGGGAAAACAUUC